GCUGGUCCCGUCUGGUCCUCUAACCGGCCAGCAUCUCCCAACCAUCCGCCUCCUCCCCACGGGGGAGGGGGAGGCGGGCAGCAGGUUCACAGGGGUCCCCCGGACUUCUGGAGGCCCUGAUCCCGCGCUCCUCCGGCUGGUCCCUGGCACUUCUGCCCUGCCCCCUGCCCCCCCGUUCCUGGUGGAAGAUGAAUCUAUGGCUGGUGGUCCUGGGGGUGCUGUCCUGUCCCGUGACUGGCCUGGGCUCCAAGCAGAGUGGCGUCUGUUGGCUUCAGCAGGGCAAGGAGGAGAAAUGCAACGUGAUCCUGCAGACAGGGGUGAGCUGGGAGGAGUGCUGCAGGACUGGCCAUGUGGACACUGCUUGGUCCAACAAUACCGAGGCAGGCAACAAGAUCAGCCUCUUGGGACUCCUGGGGCUGGUGACCUGCCAUCCCUGCAGAGAGAGUUGCGAGGGGGUGGAGUGCGGUCCCGGAAAAGUGUGCAAGAUGAAGCUAGGCCGGCCUCAGUGCCUCUGCGCUCCCAACUGCUCCAGCCUCGCCCGCCGGCUACAGGUCUGCGGUUCUGACAGUUCCACCUACAGAGACCAGUGCGAGCUGCUGAUUGCCAAGUGCCAGGGUCGCCCCGACCUGGAGGUCAUGUACCCUGGAAGGUGUAGAAAGUCCUGCUCCCACGUGCUGUGUCCUGGAACGCAAACCUGCGUGGUGGACCAGACGGGCAGUGCCCACUGCGUAUUCUGCCGGGCGGCGCCCUGCCCUCUUCCCUCCAGCGAGGACCAGGAGCUCUGCGGGAACAACAAUGUCACCUACGCCUCCUCGUGCCACCUGCGGCAGGCCACCUGCUUCCUGGGCAGGUCCAUCGGCGUCCGCCACUCUGGGAGCUGCACAGGUAGGGCCAGUCAGCGAGCCCAAGGAAGUCACCCCAUUGGGUGCGGCGGCCCAGAGCCGUGAAUACCAGCCCUCUUUUGGGUAGGAAGGUAGGAAGCCUCACCUUCUAGUGACAUCACAUAGAAUGGCCCCAGUCCCAAACAAUCUGGACGCCCUACUCUCCCAGGGGAGCUGCCGCUCCCAAACAAGGCCUCGUGGGAUUUGCCUAGUUGGCUGGGAGACGCUAACUGACCCUGACUCUCCCCGUCCCCCAUCUCAUCUCUCUCUCCGUUUCCUACCGCAGUUGCCACCAAGAUCCCCAGGCACCCGGAUGAUCCUGAAGAGAACUCCGUGUGAGGGUGCCGACCCUGGGAAAAGGGGCAUUAUGUGCAUACUGUACAAACCAUAUACCUGAUAUUUAUUAAAAUCAAAGAGCCUUAUUUAUAUACGUUGAAGUUGCGUACACACAGCCUGUAUCCUGGCAUCCCAGAAAACUCCC